AUGUCUCCUGAAAAGACCUACCCGUUCAACCCCUCUACAGAUAUCCCCUCCCCUAACGGCAAGGUCAUCCUCAUCACCGGUGCAAACACUGGCCUCGGCAAAGCCACCGCCAUUGAGCUAUCGAAACACUCCCCGGAGCAUAUUUACUUGACUUCACGCAACUCAACCAAGGGAAAUACCGCGCUCAAUGAGGUCAAGAGCGUAGCCAGCGAGGGAACCAAACAUCAAGGCGGCCGCAAGGGACUUUCUAAAGCAACAAGACUUAACGCGGGUGUUAUGGGGGCUCCUCCUGUGCUCACCAAGGAUGGUUACGAAGCCUACAUGGGGACGAAUCACCUUGGACACGCACUGCUGUUCAAGCUCCUUCAACCCACCCUGCAAAAAACCGCAGCAACCGGGGCCGAUGUCCGUGUUAUCCAUCUCUCCUCCGCUGGGUUCCGGCAUGUAGGGCCAGCAGGCAUCGAGUUUGAAACACUCAAGUCGGCGACAAGUGAGACGUCGCUGCCACUACGUUAUGCACAGAGCAAGCUUGCCUGUCUCCUCUACGCAAGGGAAGCUGCAAAGCGCAUCCCCAACAUCAAAAACAUCGCCAUCAACCCUGGUGAAGUAGACACGGAGCUUUUUACUCGUGAGCCUGGAGAUGAUCACAUGAAGAUGCUGCAGACUGAGGUCGCGCCAAAGGUGGUCAUUCCCAUCUCGGAGGGUGUCAAGAACCACCUCUGGGCAACGACCUGUCCAGACAUUGAAAACGGCGAGUUCUAUGAGCCGGUUGGAAAGACUGGAGGACUCGAGGGGCAUGGGUUGGAUGAUGAGAUGGCGAGGAAGCUUUGGGAGUGGACAGAGGAACAGUUGAAGGACCAGAGCCUCUAG